AUGGCUCCAGCUGCAAAGCGACGCAAGAUCGAAGCCGUUACUAAAUACCUCUGCUUCAGCUGCGAUGCCGAACGCACGAGUAAGCAGUUCCCGGAUUACAAUCCAAGCACAGACUGCGAUCAUCUUAUCAACACCUGCAAGACUUGCUUGAAGAAAUGGGUUCAGACGCAAGUUGACAGCUCGAACUACGCCACAGGCGACGAAGGAGGCAAAGUGUUCGGGAUCAGAUGCCCGCAAUGUGUGGCGAUCAUGAAGGACGAUGAUUUGGAGGAAGUCACGACUAAGAAGGUGUAUAAGGAAUUCGAAGAGGCCGAACGCAAGCAUAUCAUCGACAACACGCCAGGUUGGAGAUGGUGCAUGGCUCCCGACUGUCGAGCAGGCCACGUGCACGAGAGCAAGACCUCGUCACCGAACAAGCCUGAGGAGCCCGAACAACCGAAGAGGAAAGGUCGCGGCAAGCAGAAGCCAGCCGAUCGACCAGCUGAGAAGCCUAUCGCAGACGACAUCUUCGAAUGCAAGGAAUGCGGUGCGAAAGCCUGCGUGACUUGCGAUCGUCCAUGGCAUGAAGGCGAGAGCUGUGAGGCGUAUCAAGCUCGCGUCAAGGAUCGAAUCGAUGAGGAAGAUCUGUCCCUGCAGAAGAUCAAGCGGUUGACGAAGCCGUGUCCGGGUUGUAAGAAGGCUAUCGAGAAGGAUGGUGGAUGUUCGGCUAUGUUCUGUACGAGGUGCAGUAUUGGUUUCUGUUGGAACUGUCUGGGCAAGUACGAUGAGCGUGGGUGGUGCAAGUGCUAUGGGCCCAAGCAGUAG